AUGUCCUUUUUUGCCGAACUGGGUCUCAGUACCGCCUUCACAAUGAUCAGUCUUGCUCCUAUGGUGCCCGACUGGAUCAAAGGGAAUCCUCAGCCGCAGACCAAGAUCAACGUGAUGGUCGGCUUGCCUCCACUGAACCCUGAACAACAACAGGAGAAGGACAAGCUCUACAAAGAACUGAGUUACGGUGGAUGCGCUCCAGAAAUGUCACUCUUCAACGCAAAUGGAGACCGGGUUGGCUACAGCCGUAACUGGAACUGCAAGCAUGUCAUUGAUCAAAACAGCCUGACAGACGUAUGGGCCGAUUACUUCAAGAAAGGCAACACGGAGAAAGCUGAGUACAUCACCGUAUCCGCGUCCGGAACCGAUGCUAUAUGUAUCUCGGCAAUAACAGUCACAUUUCCCGCAAGCAGCGACACCUACGCUUUCCUACCAGGCGAGGUAGCUGCGGUGUGCAACAAUCACAAGCCAGAAUACAAUUACUACUGGUCCGAAUCCGCAACGUCAGUACAGUUCCGAUCAGAAUCCGGCACGACGAAAGACGCACGACCAAAAUGCCUUUGGAUCGACAAACCAGACGAUGACGGAGAGAAAGCGACACAUUGUGAGGGCUUCCAAGUCCACCUCCCCGAUUUCAAGCUCGACAACAGUACUUUCAAAGGAUGGCAAGAGGAUCCUUCACACAUGUGCGACUCACUGGCUCGCUUUGGUUCCUACGAUAAGCUGGAUACUACAAUGUGUCCAGAGAUCUUCAGCCCAGCGCCGCCGUAUGGCAAGAAUCUCCCCUUGGAUACGAUAUCGGCAUGCACUCCGGCUGCGAAAGAUAGCACGACAGACCCCGGAAUUUGCGAAGACGAUCGUUUUACAUACCAGGAGCGAUAUGAUAUCAUCAGGAUGUACGACCAGAGGUGUACUACUGACGAUUCAUGGUAUCAACGCUGCAAAGAGAGUCUCUCGGACAAAUGUCCAGAUGGCCCAUCGAAAAGUCGCUCUCUUCUCGGAUCGCGAUCGUCUUCGUCAUACCGGCCAUCGUCCGGUGCUUCCAGAUCGAAGGUCCGACGCACCUCAGCCUUAUCUCUGGCUUCCACAAACGGUUUUCCCUCUCCUGAUCACCCACUCCAAAUGAAGUUCGAGGGAGUACUAGUUAAGAGCCAUGAUGUGACGCAAAGUGCUGUGGAAGUCUGCCAAAGCACUGGCAGUGUUGGACCCGACUUCUUCUCCGAAUAUGAGCAGAUAUUCUGCGAUAUGAAGACACGCGAACUUUAUCCAGCAUGUAACACUACAGUUCAGACCAAAUGCUUUGAUCCCAUCCAGAAUAUGACACGAACCGAGACGACGGACGAUGUGAAGAAACGUGGCGAGCAGAGCACCUAUAUAGAUGUGAAAGAAUGGCUGUGA